UCUCAGUACCAUUCUCUCCACAUUCUCUCCACUUCAAUUAAAUUUACAUAUAUUUAUUGAUAAUAUAAUUACUUGAGAUGGGAUUACAUGGAAAAUUGGUUGCAGCAAUAGAGUUCAAAGCUGGUGGAGAUGUAUUCCAUGAACUUUUCAGGCACAAACCACAUGAUAUUUCCACAAUUAGCCCUGAAAUAGUUAAAGGAUGUGAUCUUCAUGAGGGUGAAUUUGGUCAUGUUGGUUCUAUCAUAUGCUGGGAAUACAUCCAUGAUGGAAAAGUGAAGAAAGCAAAAGAAGUGAUCCAAUUGAUUGAUGAAGAGAAAAAACUGAUUCAAUUUAAGGUGAUUGAAGGGGACUUGAUGGAGCUUUAUAAAGAUUUCAUUAUCACUAUGCACGUAGAGACAAAUGGUGGCAUUGAUUUGGUGACAUGCACCAUGGAAUAUGAGAUGCUUAAUGAAGAUGUGGAGCAUCCCAUUUCUAUUCUCUCAUUGUUCAUUGACCUCACCAAAUCUAUUGAGACUCACCACCUUGCCAAACCUUGAAUUAAUCAUGUCAUUUCCAACUUAAUAAUGGUUUGCUCUGCAUUUAGUUGAGACAAUAAGAGUGUUUAAUUACUCUCUAUCUAGUGUACCUGAUUGUUGUAUGUGAGAGAGACUCACUUUGUUGUGUGUUUUUAAAGUUUCCAAGCUAUUGUAUUUUUGGCACUUGUUUUUCUAUUUUGAAAUUAAGUGGACUUGGUUUGUGUUUCA